GAGAGAGCGAGAGCCAUUGCGCUCUCAUUGCCGCAGUAUUGUUGCUGUGUUUCUGCUCUGCCCGAGUCUGGCGGUGCGGCGCGACGCGGCCUGGCCUGGCCUGCCUGGCCACAUGUAUUUUCCAGGGGUAUUUCAUCUGUGUGCCAAUCUCGGGCCCCAUUCAGUUUCAUCUGAGACUUUUGGCGCAGCGGUCGAUACUGAGGGAGAGAGAGAAGAGAGAGCUCCGUUGAACAGGGCCCCAAGAAUACGAGAAACUCAAGCAAAAGCCCGUGGAGAAACACCAAAUCAAAUCGAAAUUGAAUAUUUUUGUGGACAAAAAAAUAACUAAAAAACAAUACCAGUGAUAGAUAAAGUGGAACUCGAGUGUGCUGCUUAGUGUUGUGCUCCUGCUGCUGCUGCCAGAAAGAAAAGGAACUUGAGUGGAGUGUUAAGCGCUGCUGACGAGGCACUGAACUCUGCAUUUUGCCGUCGCUAAUUGUACAUACUGUCCUGCAGUGCCGCUGACAGGCGACCAUCCAGAAAUCUGCCCGGAAGGAGAGAGGCGCUUCUUCAUUCCGCACAUUCUAAUCCCGGGGAAAUUGUUGGCCUGCCAAGCCUCAAGCUGGGCGAUUACCGCAAAAUGACACGUGUCAGGCGCAUUGUGCGCUUGGCCUAAAAGUAUGCUGCAUCAUUAGUGUCAGAGCGAAGGACUCCCCAACAACAGAGACACCAACAGGGCCAAAAACAACGGCAGUCGACUGCAGCAGGGAAAUUGAAAAUGUAUGCUCAUUAGGAGGACUGAGCACCCAGAAGCCAGAAGACGGGUAGGAAAAACCAACGGCAAAAGCGCAUUACAAGGACCCCCGAAACGACAAGUUCCUAAGUCAAACAGCGGCACCAACACCAACGAACAACCAACAGUCAGUCAUAAUUACCCGGCAGCUACAAAGGGGAAGCAGAUGGGCCGAAGGACAGCUGGCAAAAGUCAAGGACAAGCUUGAAAGUAUUUCGCGAAAGCAUGUACCGAGAGCGGCAGGCCCUAGCAAGUGACUUCUGGUAUUCCCCCAACAAAGUGAAAUAAAAUGCCAGCCUCCUCAGCUAGCUGAUGCGCCAAUAAAUUCUGAAUAUAAGACAAAUUAACAGAGAGCUCGCGCGCCGGCGAAUUAUUGCCAAGGAAAUUGAUAGAUUCGAUUAGCGAUCCAAAAAUCCAAAAAGUAAACGAGAAAAAUCGACAGAAAGGAGAAGAACGCCGACGACGACAACUCCGACAAAGACAACAACCGGAGGCUGCUUUAAUUUGUCAGACGUACCCGUACCCCGGGCCACGCCUUGUCACACGACCACCACCGACGAAACCCGGCUGGAACGCCCUCUCGGAUUUCCGAAAAAUUCAUCGCUUUAAGCCAACAAACAGCGAGUCAUGCCUGAGCAGGAUAAUUACGAUGAUGAGUUGGUCUCCAGCAAUCCGAACCAGCGGAACUGGCGUGGCAUCCUCAUCGCCCUCCUGGUCAUCAUCAUUGUCCUCGCCCUGAUUGUUACUUCGGUGGUGCUGCUCACGCCCCCCGAUGAGGGACCGCGCGUCAAGGGGCAACGCAUCAAGCUGCAGGACAUAGUCGAUGGCCUCUACAUGCCGCAGCACGCCAACGGCAGCUGGAUCGAUGGCGAGGAGUUCCUCUAUCAGGACCAUUUGGGUCGCAUCUGUCUGCUGAAUGCAGCCAAUCGCUCGGAACGUGUCCUCAUGUCCAAUGUGACAUUUAAAACCCUGGCACCCUUCACCUUCACCAUAUCGGCGGACAAGCGGUACCUGCUGUUGGCCCAAAAUGUUGUGAAAUUAUUCCGCCACUCGUAUCUGGCCCAAUACACGCUCUACGAUAUACAGACCAGCGAGAGCAUCAAGCUGCGUCACAGUCCACAUCAGGAUGAAUGGCCAUAUCUGCACUACGCUCGCUUCAGCCCCAGGGGCAAUGGAUUGGUCUGGGUGCACAGCUACGAUAUUUACUACAGGAAGGAGGCGCGCGGCACCACGGCACAUCGCAUCACCCACGAUGCAGUGCCCGGAGUGGUCUACAAUGGCAUUCCCGAUUGGCUGUACGAAGAGGAAAUUCUUCAUGCAAAUAAUGCGAUUUGGAUGUCGGACACGGGCCAACUGAUGCUCUACGCCACCUUCAACGACACGCACGUCCAGGAGCAGCACUUUGCCUGGUACGGUACGACGGGUCCAUCGUCCGGUGGGGCUGCAGCAGCAGCUGCAGCAGCCUCAGGCACGCCCGCAGGAAGCGGUGGCUCAUCGUCGGGGGGUGGCAGUAAUCCGUAUGCCAACCUUUACCCAGAAAUCAGAUCCUUACGCUAUCCAAAACCAGGCACUCAAAAUCCCACAGUAACUUUACGUGUGGUCGACCUCAAGGACCCAAAGAAGGUGCACAUCACGAACCUACGACCACCGCAAAUUAUAGCCAAUGAAGAUCAUUACUUUAGCAGCGCCAGUUGGGUAAGUGGCACAGAGAUCGCUGUGGUCUGGCUGAAUCGGCCCCAGAACAUAUCCGUGGUCAGUGUGUGCAAGAGCCCGUCGUUCGAGUGCAUUGAGACCCAUCGGGUGAGCGGCGAUGGACGCGGCUGGGUGGACACCGUCUCCGUGCCACUGUUUGCGGCCAACGGGAGUAUCUAUGUGGCCAUCUCUCCAUUACGCGACGGCCUGUUUGGCUAUUUCCGGCACAUCGUGCACGUGGACAUCGACAAUAACCGGGUGCUGCCCCUCACCCAUGGCCCCUACGAGGUGAAUCGAUUGUUACACUGGGACCAGCUGGAUAAUUGGAUCUACUUCCUGGGCACCCCGGAGCGCCUGCCCUCGCAGCAGCAUCUGUACCGCGUGUCCGCUCUGCCCGCCCGCCAGGGACAGGCCCUGCAUCCGCCCGACUGCCUCACGUGUCCCGCCCUGAUGCAGCGCUCCGAUGGCUACGAGGAGGGUCACACCAAGUCGCCGCCGAAGCUGGUCACCGCCUGGGAUGACGACUGGGAGGACUCCGAGGAGGUGGAGGCCCAAGCACCGCCACCGGCCAUGCCCCUGGAGCAGCAGCCGCGUCCCGGCCGCGGGCAGAGUCCACCGCUGCCACCGCCACCCAGCGAUUGCCUCUACCACGAGGCACAGUUCCCCAUCACGCUGCAGGCGCGCUACGUUCUGGUCGAGUGUCUGGGCCCAGUUGUUCCCACCUCCAUUAUCUAUGGCCUGAAGUCGAGCAUCCCAUCGAGUCCCAAGGGCACGCGACAGAGCACCCAACAGGAAGGACCCCCCACGGAGGGCGGAGAGGAGAACGUAGAGGUCGAACCGAAGUCACAGUUUCUGGAACUGCUCGUCACGAUCCAGAAUAAUACGCGUCUCAAGGAGAAAAUGGCCAAGACCGCCCUGCCGCAGGUGAAGACCUUCCCGGUGAUGAUCUCCGGCGGCUAUCAUGCCCAGGUACGGCUCUACCUGCCGCCCGUUCUGCGCGAGGACGAGAUCACGCGAUAUCCCACCAUUCUGCAUGUGUAUUCGGGUCCGGGCACGCAGCUGGUCACCGAUCGCUGGCACGUCGACUGGAACACCUAUUUGGCCGGCAGCAAGGAUUACAUUGUCGUCGAAAUCGAUGGACGUGGGUCCGCCGGUCAGGGCUAUCAGCUGCUGCACGAGGUCUACAAGCGUCUGGGCAGCGUCGAGGUCUCGGAUCAGCUGGAGGUCAGCGAGUAUCUGCGGGACAAUCUGCACUUUAUCGACUCCCGUCGCAUGGGCGUCUGGGGCUGGAGCUACGGUGGCUAUACGGCUGCUCUGGCACUCGCCGGCCAGCAGGAUAUCUUCCAGUGCGGAAUAAGUGUCUCACCGGUUACCAACUGGAAGCUAUAUGACUCUACAUAUGCCGAGCGAUAUUUGAGUUUCCCCAAUGUUACGGACAACUACAAGGGCUACGAGGAGAGCGAUCUGUCCAAGUAUGUGGACAACCUACGCGAUCGUCAGUUCCUGCUCGUCCAUGGCACGGCCGAUGACAAUGUGCACGUCCAGCAAUCGAUGGUCCUGGCGCGAUCUCUGACCAGCAAGGGCGUGCUCUACAAGCAGCAGAUCUAUCCGGACGAGGGACACAGUUUGUCGGGUGUCAAGCGGCAUCUGUAUCGCUCAAUGACCGCGUUUUUCGAGGACUGUUUCAAGAAGCUGAUCGAUCAGCAGCAACAAAAUCAAACAGAUUCCAUGGAUUUCCUGGACUUUCAUAGUUUCUAUGGGCGCUAAUUUUUGAAUCCACAUCCACCCUCACAUCCUUCAGAUACGAUACCUAGGUGCCGCCGGAGUCGAAGGCCGGCCUGGGCAAUGGCGGCGAUAUGCAGCAGUAAUAAACAUAAUUUAGAGAUGGAAUAAUUCUGAUGGCAACACUCAACACGGAACGUGGGAACGAAAUGUUUAUUUGUAAAUUGCAUUAAAUGUGAUUUAUCAUUUACAAUACAAACUAAAAAACAAAAAACAAAAACCAAAAAAGAAGAAAGCACAGAGACACCGAGACACACACAGCCGGCAGGAGAAACACCCAUUAACAACUAAGUUAAAUGGCAUUUUGUUGAAAAUUAAUAAGCAAUGAAGAACACUACUACGAAAUCAAGAAAAGGAAAAAUGUCCGGUGCUGAGCAGUGGCUAAAAGUGAAAACUAAGUGGAAAGCAGAGCCCAGGCAAAAAGCAGAACACGAAAAGGCCAAGCCAGUGUGCCCAUAAAAGCGGAAACAAAAUACGAAUGUGUAAAGGAGCAAAAUCAACAUGGUUGUGAAAACAUAACUUACACACAGAGGCACAGAACCAGACCAGAAACAGACACAGAUAAAAACAUGCAUACACACACACACAUACACUCGCACACCAAUCUACACUCCCACAAGCGUAGAAGAGUGGGAGGCGAACGAGAACCACACAACGCGGCGCGCACAAAGGUAGGCAAUAAAAAAUUACGCAUGCGGCUUUUCUCUGGUGACAGGUGUGACAUUUUAAUGCCCUUGCAGAGGGUAUUACCAUUUCGAGUGAAAUUUCAAUAACGGAUAUUCAUACUAGAGAUAUAUUCGUGAUUCAUGUGACCCUUUAACUGUUUAUUUUCUUCUUUGGAAAAUUCUCUAUAAAUUCAAAAUCUUUCUAUCGCUUGAUCUGCCAGGGUAUUGACCGCUUCGGUACUCCGAAUCUGCCUUUCUUUAUUGUUUAUUUUUUUCUUUAUUUUGCUAUAACUUAUGCAGUUUUUGCAUAAAUUUCCAAUGAAGAGCAGACAGAAAUAAAAUCGAAAAACACAUUUAUUGAAAAGGCAAACGGGAACCAGCUGAGCUCUGAGGUGGGUGGGGUGAUGGGCCUGAACGGAAAUUGCCAGCAUAAAUCAAAUUUGACAACGUUCUAAAUGACAUUUCUUGGGGUGUAGAAAAACAUUUUUAUCAUUUGCUAAAAUUGUGAAUGUCUGAUGGGUAAAGGGAGCCCAUAAAUUGUUCCUAAAUUGAUGAAACUUUGCUCAUAAUUGAAAAGAGAUUCCAAAUGAAUUAAAGUAACUGUAUUUCAGAUUAAAGAUUGUCUUCAUUUGCAUAGCUAUCUUAAGGGCACUCUUUCUCUAAUUUGAUUUCUCUUAAUCGCACAUUUUAUGAUUGCAUUUACUGCCACCCAAAAAACAAACGAAAUUAAACCGAAUAAUGUCCGAGAGAUGGUCGUCCGUGCACUGCCCCUCUCAGCUGGGGAAAAAGAGAAUGAAAAUGCGUUUGCAGUAAAGUUUAAUUAAAUCAAAUGGAAUAAAACACACAGAAACGCAACAGGCCAUAAAUAAAAAGCAUAAAUAAUUGAAGUGAAACGGCAUGUUGGACGGCAACCAGAGACGCAGAGACGCAGGCACGAGCUCUGCAUGAAAAUAAUUUCAAAUAAAAACUGAAUUGAAUUGAAUUUUCAGUAAGCAAACAAGCAAGCAAGCAAGCAGAAAAACGCAAAAUGGCCAAAGUUAAAUUAAAUUAAAGCGGAGAAAAUAUAUGAGAAAAAAACUCCAACAAAAAAAUUACGAAGCAAAUAAACAAAUUUAAUAGUUUAAAUGCAUGUAAGUAGCGCGCAAAAAUAUUUAAAAUAUUUAAUAGACAAAUUGAAUCGUUUUUGUUUUUUGUUCAUUUUUAUUGCCACAAGAACUUCGGCACACAAAACCGAAGGCAAAGCAAUGCUAAGUAAAUU